AUAGAAAACUUCUGGUGUAGAAUUUACCUUGGUGUGCUGAGAACUGAUGUUACUGCAUGAGUUUGGCAUCUCUUAAUGGUUGUACUUUGUGUGCCUUGUAUUUUCAUGCUGAGCACUAAGCUGAAUGCUUCUUUGUAGAUGUGUUCUGUUACAAACUAUUUGUUCUUUAGCCUCAUGGCCAUUUCUGGAGUUUCUGCCUGUAUUUCUAGUUGAAUGGAUGUUUAUUACCUAUAUGGAAUUAUAUAGCCAACAAGGCAAUGCUCAACCAGGUGUGUCAUAGUAACACUCUCUGCUAACAAGGAGGAGUUGUGCAGAAUUAAAAAGAAAAACCCAGCCCCAAAAAAACAGCAUGUGAGAAGUGUGUUUAUAUUGAACUGUUGGAUGAAGUUGUGCAAGCCUAUGUGCAACCAAGCGUGGUCAGGCUGCCUCUGCUGCCAGGGAUGCCACCCACAUCUGCCUGGGUUAUGCCUGCAUCAGCUGUUUCCUCCAGCCCUCCACCUUGCGCUGAGCCUGCUGUUGCUGGAUGUUGCUGCUCUACCUCCUGAAGCUCCUCCAGGCUCCCCGGGGCUGAGGCUCUCUGCUCCUCACAACACCUCCUGCUGCAGGCAGCCGCUCCUGCUCCUCCUCAGGUCUCCUAAGCCUGCCCAUGCCAGGGACCCCGAUGGGCCAAGACGAUGGAACAAGCCUGGAGCUGUAGAUUCAUCCACUGACUGGAUCUACAGCCUGGCUCCAGCACACCUCCUUGUCCCACGCUGGGAAGUUAGAAGCAACUCGGGUCACUUGGAGCACCCAAGUGUGAAAACGUUGGUAGUAGUCAUCCUUUAAAAGGUUAACUAACGAGGAAUUAAUGAAAGGCUGAGAAAUCUGGGAGAGCUCCAGCCCUUCAAGUGCAUUUCACACAAAGAGUGCUGAUGCUUUCAGUGAUGACCCAGCCACAAGGUUGUCACGGAGUAAAAUGGAUGGUAGCUUUGAUUGUGAUUGUGGUGAGCUGGAGCCACCUGAUCAUUAACAGAAGGCAUCUUUUGUAAAUCAAGAGCUGCCAGUUUCCCAUUUAACUAGACUGUAAACAAAGGAGAGAAAAAGGAGGAAGAAGAAAAAAAAUAGUGCUUACCAGCACCAUAGAAUGACGCUGCUCAGGACCAGUCCAACACUGAAUGUAUCUGCACUGUGAGGAGGAGGAUGUUAAUAGAAGCCUAUUAUGUGCAUAUUUAUUCACAUUUUUGUUAAAUGUUAACCAGUUUAGCCCAGUAGAGCUGAGUGCAUAGUAUGUCAUUUCAUUCCGUUUGAGUUUCUUGUGAGUAUUUUCUUUAAUGUCUGCAGAAAUGCUGCACCUUUCUUGAACUAUGAAUGCUGCAAUCUUUCUAUCUUAUGCUCGGUUUGAGUUCUAGAGCUUACGGGCUCUAAAUUUAAGGGGACACAACAGGCCUGGCUGGCUCAUAAUGAAAUGAGAGUGUCAAGAAACCAUCUUGCAGUCAAAGCCAAGUGUUUCUUCUCCCUUUCCGUAAGACCUUUCCUUCAGAUACCAGUGGAAGUGUCUCCGCGUGUUUACAGAAGCUUAGUAGUUUGAGAAAAGAGAAACGUAAAGAAUUUAAAAAUGGCAGAAAAAUUUGAAAGUCUCAUGAACAUUCAUGGUUUUGAUCUGGGCUCUCGGUAUAUGGACUUAAAACCACUAGGCUGUGGUGGAAAUGGCUUAGUUUUUUCUGCUGUCGAUAAUGACUGUGACAAAAGAGUGGCUGUCAAGAAGAUUGUCCUCACAGAUCCCCAGAGUGUUAAACAUGCUCUACGUGAGAUCAAAAUUAUUAGAAGACUUGACCACGAUAACAUUGUCAAAGUAUUUGAAAUCCUUGGUCCUAGUGGAAGCCAGUUAACAGAUGAUGUGGGCUCCCUUACAGAACUGAACUGUGUUUACAUUGUCCAGGAAUACAUGGAGACAGAUCUGGCUAAUCUGCUAGAGCAAGGCCCUUUACUGGAAGAUCAUGCCAGGCUUUUCAUGUACCAGCUGCUACGUGGGCUCAAGUAUAUUCACUCUGCAAAUGUUCUGCAUAGAGAUCUCAAACCAGCUAAUCUUUUCAUUAAUACUGAAGACUUGGUGCUGAAGAUUGGUGACUUUGGUCUUGCACGAAUCAUGGAUCCUCAUUAUUCCCACAAGGGCCAUCUUUCUGAAGGAUUGGUUACUAAAUGGUACAGAUCGCCCCGUCUUUUGCUUUCUCCUAACAACUACACUAAAGCCAUUGACAUGUGGGCUGCAGGUUGCAUCUUUGCUGAAAUGCUGACUGGGAAAACCCUCUUUGCAGGUGCACAUGAACUUGAACAGAUGCAGUUGAUUCUAGAAUCAAUUCCUGUCGUACAUGAGGAGGACCGUCAGGAGCUUCUCAAUGUAAUUCCAGUUUACAUUAGAAAUGAUAUGACUGAGCCACACAAACCUUUAACUCAGUUGCUUCCAGGCAUCAGUCCUGAAGCACUGGACUUUCUGGAGCAAAUUUUGACAUUUAGUCCCAUGGAUCGAUUGACAGCAGAAGAAGCUUUGUCCCAUCCUUAUAUGAGCAUUUAUUCCUUUCCAACGGAUGAGCCUAUUUCAAGUCAUCCUUUUCACAUUGAAGAUGAAGUUGAUGAUAUUCUGCUGAUGGAUGAAAGUCACAGCCAUAUUUAUAAUUGGGAAAGAUACCAUGAAAGUCAGUUUUCAGACCAUGACUGGCCUAUUCAUAAUAACUAUGAAGCUGAUGAAGUUCAGCGUGAUCCAAGGGCUCUCUCUGAUGUUACUGAUGAGGAAGAAGUGCAAGUAGAUCCUCGCAAAUAUUUGGAUGGAGAUCGUGAAAAGUAUCUGGAGGAUCCUGCCUUUGACACCCACUUCUCUACUGAGCCUUGCUGGCAGUAUUCAGAUCACCAUGAAAACAAGUAUUGUGAUCUGGAAUGUAGUCACACUUGUAAUUACAAAAUGAGGUCAUCUUCAUACCUAGAUAAUUUAGUUUGGCGAGACAGUGAAGUUAACCAUUACUAUGAGCCCAAGCUUAUUAUAGAUCUUUCAAACUGGAAGGAACAGAGCAAAGAGAAGUCUGAUAAGAAAGGCAAGUCUAAAUGUGAAAAGAAUGGGUUGGUGAAAGCUCAGAUAGCACUUGAGGAAGCAUCACAGCAACUUGUUGAAAAAGAAAGGGAGAAGAAUCAAGGAUUUGACUUUGAUUCAUUUAUAGCAGAAACCAUUCAGCUUAGUUUACAACACGAGUCUACUGAUGUUGAUAAAUUAAAUGACUUGAAUAGCUCAGUGUCUCAAAUAGAGUUGAAAGGAUUAAUAUCAAAGUCAGUAAGCAGGGAGAAGCAGGAGAAAGGAAUGGCUAAUUUGGCACAGUUAGAAGCUCUGUACCAAACCUCUUGGGACAGUCAGUUUGUAAGUAGUGGGGAGGAGUGCUUCCUCAUAGACCAGUUUUGUUGCGAAGUAAGGAAAGAUGAACAAGUUGAAAAAGAAAAUACUUACACCAGUUAUUUGGACAAAUUUUUUAGUAAGAAAGAAGAUGCUGAAAUGCUAGAACCUGAGCCAGUAGAAGAGGGGAAGCUUGGGGAGAAGGAAAGAGAAGAGAGCUUUCUCAGUAACAGUGGAGAGCUCCUCUUCAACAAGCAGCUUGAGGCUAUAGGUAUUCCUCAGUUUCACAGCCCUGUUGGUUCGCCACUGAAAUCAAUACAGGCCACAUUAACGCCUUCUGCUAUGAAGUCAUCUCCCCAGAUUCCCCACAAAACGUACAGCAGCAUUCUGAAACAUCUAAACUAAAACACUCAGCAGACAUUUCUUUUAUAUUCAUGAGAUGUGUUUGUCUUUUUUUAUUACUAGUGUAAGUAAUUUUUUUACUUGAAUCAGACGGUGUAAUUUUGGUAUGGAUUUCAUUAGUUUUCUGUUUACCAUUGUUUUUACAAUCCAGAAUUACUUUCUAUACAUAAGUUAGUUUUGUUUUUAAACUGGCAUGUCGUUUGCACACAAAAUUAAAGAAUAGAGCAAAAUAAUGCAAAAUGCAGGAGGUAACAAAAAAAAAAUGCACUAAACCAAGUAAAAAACCAUUCUCUCAGUAAAACAGUGUCCAUGUUUUGCAGAAAAAGAACCUUGCCUUGAAAUUUACACAGUGAGACUGUACAUAAUUGCAUGAAAAUAUCUAUUUUUCCCAAAACAUUUUUUCAUUCAUGCGUAUUUUAGAGUUUUUCAUACUGUACACAUUUCUUAGACACAUGAUACCAGCAGCAACUGAAAUGAGUGCAGAAUUUGGUACGCAUGUGUUAUCUACCUCAAGGUAACAGCAGUAGGUGGCAAAACAUUAACCACCCAUAGUGCUUCUCAUUAUGCACUUCUAUUUAGCCAGCAUUAUUGUAGUAGCUAUUCUUAUUGAAAAUCAUUCAAUAUUUAUAAAUGUUCUGGUAUGCAUUCUUUAUAGUGAAGUGUUAAUAUGCAGCACUUUUAUUUAUUUUAGCAAAUAAGUAUAUUUCUGUAAUUAUAGAAAGUCAACUUAAUUUUUGAGUUACUUUUCAGAUAAAAGUUUUUGUUUAGCACUAUGGUUUUAUUGCCUACAUAGCUGGAUAUAUAUUAACAUCGGCUUAUUCUGAGGCUAUCAAAUACAUUCUUUUUAUUUUUAUUUUCUAGUUUUCAUUUCAAUGAAAGCACUCACUGUGUAUAGGAAUUUGUAAUUGGAGGUGCUUGAUCUCGACAAAAGAAAUUAGGAAUUGCUUUAUUAUCAAAUGCUCCUAGAAGUCUUAAUUGUGUUCAUUUUUUAAGAUUUUGUAAUGUUAGUUGUGUGCAUGGAAAUAAUUAAGGUACAACAUUACUGUAGGUUAAAGUUCUAUAUGGUGAGACAUUUUGUUUUUACUGUAUGUUUUUACUGAAUGAUUCCUGUCCCGCUCCCAACCCCCCUCAAAAGCAAGCAUGACUAAAAUUAGGUUAAAUAUAGCAUGUAGCAUCUCAGUCUUCUGAAAAUUUGUUUUACCUUCUGAUUUUUUGAAAUACUGGAUGUAUCAUUGGCUCCCCUGUUUAAAACGAAGAACAAAUAAAAACAUGGCCAGCAAAAA